CUCUCCCCCGACCCUCUGCACCCGACGAGCUUCCCCCCGUUACCGCCACCCAUUUUCCGGCCGGAACACCGGCAAAGCUUAGGGAUUUCUCCCUAUUUUCUUGUUUUAGAACACCUGUUGAACCCAGAAAAUCCCGGUUCUGCUCUGCUCUUCUCCCCUGUCCGUCGGCUGCUCUUGGGUGGGUGAGAUUUUCGGUUUUUCGGGUAAGAUCUAGCCAUGAAUCCCUCUCUUUAACCUUGAUUUAGGUUGGGUUUACUUUAAUUGCUUUAUUCCCUUCCAAUUUCUGGUAGAGCCGUGAGCCUCCCCCCCUGCAAUCCCGUCAGCCCCAUGCUCGCCUGGUGCGGGUUCUGUUGGCCGGAAAAAAAAAGAAGGGAAUUCUGGCACUGUUCACACACCGAGGGUUAACGAUUAGCAGAGAUUUAAAGGUUUAGUUUGUGAUAUAAGAAUGAAUUUGGAGAUGUUCAGUUAUGUGGAGAUUGAUAGAAAUAGCACCGUGAUUAGGGGUGUUGAUCGUUCUGUCACAGUAGCACUUGGGUUAGCCUUCUGUCCUGUGCGAGUGAGCAUCUGAGUGUGAUUAAACUGAAAAGAGAAUUUUGAUGAUUUUCAUGAGGAUUUCAUUGUUUUACUGGAAUUAAGCAUGAUUGGAAUGAAAAUGGGGAUUUCAUUGUUUUUCUGAAGUAGAGCAUGCCUAUUUGGAACUUACUGAACUGUUCUGAUGAUUUAAGAAUUUUUGUAAAUUAUGAUUUUCUGUUAAAUCCAUGCCCACAUGGAAUCUUCUGGUUAUUUCUGAAAUUUGGGAUUUCGAUUGUGAAUUAUGGAUUUCGAUUGUGAAUUACGGAUUUCCUUUGUAAAUCCUGCAUGGUUUUGUCUCUGAUAUAGUCAUGAUUUCCGAUCCCCGCUAGUGGGUGUGUAGCACUUCCGAUCCCUGCCAGUGGGUGUAACGCUAGCACUUCUGAUCCCCGCUAGUGGGUGUAACGCUAGCACUUCUGAUCCCCGCUAGUGGGUGUAACGCUAGCACAUGUCGACAUGUUUACUGAUAUGACGCCUGCCACUGGGCGAAUACAUUGGCAAAUUUCUGUCGCCUGCCCGUGGGUUGUUAUAACACUGGCCAUGACUUAUAGAUGAGACUACUGAACUGAGUUUUCUUCUGCAUUAACGGUUUGUCAGGAAACGUCUUGUCAUUGAACUGAAUCUGAUUUUUGCAUUGAUGGUUUUGUCAUUGAACGUUUUGCUAUUGAACCGAAUUUGAUUUCCGCAUUAACGGUUUAUCAGUGAAAGUUCUGUUAUACUUUCAUGGUUUAUCUGGCAUGUUUACAUUUUUACCCAAGGGCUAUCCAUAUUUGCUUACUGAGUUUAUCUCAUAGUUUUCCUUGUCCACCAUUUCAAGAAGUGAAACCGAGGACGAGGAAAUCAAGGGGAGUGACGAGUUAGAAGGCUAGCCACCUGUAAUUUGAAUAUGGAUCUUAGAUAUAAAUGAUGAUAUUGUAAGCUAGAUUGUGAUUGGAGAUUUUAUGAU